CCCGGUAUACUUGUCGGUAAUACCAUUCACUGGAUGCUUAUCGGGGGUACGAGUGGCAUACAGUUUGAUCUGGAUAGUCAGAGGCUAACUGUGAUCGACAGCCCUCCUGGUCUUCAUGACAGUGUUCAGAUCAUCCAUUCAGAGGAUGGCGGUGUUGCCUUUGCCACUUUGUCGGGCCCCUGGAACACCCCCCGCUUCCGAAUCUGGGAGAGGGAGGUCAACUCUUAUGGUGUUGCUAGAUGGGAGCUGCGAAAGACUGUUGAACUGCAGAAGAUUCUUGGAUUGCGGUUUAAGAUUGACACAGAGUUAUCAUCUAUAGUGGGUUAUGCCGAGGAUAUUAAUGCCAUCUUUUUGUGGGUGCACUCAUCUGUCUAUAUGGUUCAGAUUGAGUCAAUGCAGUCUAAGGAACUUUUUCAAAGUGAUAGAUUGCACAUCUAUCAUCCUUUCACAAGUUUCUAUAUUCAAGGUAUGGAGAGCAGUUUGAGGAGGAAGUAGCUUAUUAUGGUGUAUUGCAAUCAGGAAU